AUGAAUUUCCUCCGGCGGCGUCUCUCAGACAGUAGUUUCGUGGCAAAUCUGCCCAAUGGCUACAUGAUGGACUUGCAGCGCCCCGACAGCUCCACCAGCUCCCCGGUUUCUCCUGCCACGGAGAGAAAGCACCUGCAGCCACCCCAGCCCUCGCACUCCUCCUCUGCUGGCAGCAGCAUCUUCAGCUCCAUCUCCAGCGCCAUGAAGCAAACCACGCAAGCGGCCGCGGGACUGAUGGAUCACUCGGCCGGCCCCGCACCGCCCGUGGCACAGAAACCCAAGAUCCUCCUGGUGAUCGAUGAUGCGCACACGGACUGGGCCAAAUAUUUCCAGGGGAAGAAGGUGAAUGGAGAAUUUGAAAUCCGAGUGGAACAGGCCGAGUUCUCCGAGUUGAACCUGGCUGCUUACGUCAUGGGUGGCUGCAUGGUGGACAUGCAGGUGAUGAGGAACGGCACCAAGGUGGUGAGCAGGUCGUUCAAGCCAGAUUUUGUCCUGAUCCGGCAGCACGCCUACAGCAUGGCACUGGGGGAAGACUUCCGCAGCCUCAUCAUCGGCCUCCAGUACGGUGGCAUCCACACAGUCAACUCCCUCUACUCCAUCUACAACUUCUGCAGCAAGCCCUGGGUGUUCUCUCAGCUCAUUAAAAUCUUCAACUCACUGGGCCCUGAGAAGUUCCCCCUGGUGGAGCAAACGUUCUUCCCAAGCCAUAAGCAGAUGCUCACAACUCCAAAUUUUCCUGUAGUGGUCAAGCUGGGACAUGCUCAUGCUGGAAUGGGGAAGGUCAAAGUUGAGAACCAGCACGACUUCCGGGACAUGGCCAGCAUAGUAGCCAUGGCUAAAACCUAUGCCACCACCGAGCCAUUCAUUGACUCCAAAUAUGACAUCCGAAUCCAGAAAAUUGGCAGCAACUACAAGGCUUACAUGAGGACUUCCAUCUCUGGAAACUGGAAGGCAAACACAGGUUCUGCGAUGCUAGAACAGAUUGCAAUGACAGAGAGGUACAGACUCUGGGCAGAUGCCUGUGCAGAAAUGUUUGGAGGUCUUGAUAUCUGCGCUGUCAAAGCUGUCCACAGCAAAGAUGGAAAAGACUAUAUCAUUGAGGUGAUGGACAGCUCAAUGCCCCUGAUUGGGGAGCACAUAGAAGAGGACAGACAACUUAUAGCUGAUCUGGUUGUUUCCAAAAUGACUCAGCUUGUCAUCACUGCUGGAUCUACGCCAUCACCACUGAGGCCUUGGCCUCCACAAGUUCAGCCUGUGUCAAUGAAAUCUCAGGCUGGACCUCCACUUGGACAACUGUCACAACCACGGCCUCCUCCACAAGGUGGACCACGUCAGCCACAGGGAUCUCAGCCUCCACGAACAAACGCACCCCCACAGCAGCGGCUGUCUCCUCAAGGACAGCAGCCCCAGAGCCCCCAGUCCACUUCUCCUCAGCAGCAAAGGUCACCUGGAUCUCCACAGCAAGUCCGGUCAGCAACUGGGUCCUCUCCAGUCCAGGCCUCCAAGGCAGGCGCGUUCCCUCCACAGCAGCCGAGGCCUCCUGCCCAAGGCCGGGCUCCCAGCCAGCCGAGCCCCACAGAAAUGUCCAAGCCGCAAACCACCCCACACCCACACCUGAACAAAUCGCAGUCCCUGACAAACAGCUUCAGCAUAUCUGAGUCAUCUCAACGAGGAAAUGCCACUGAAGAUGAAGCAAAAGCUGAGACCAUCCGCAACCUGAGGAAAUCAUUUGCUAGCCUGUUUUCUGAUUAA